GUGGUUGUGGUCAGCCUCUUCGGAGUUAAAAAAAAAAAAAGGGGAUCCGCAAGCAGCAGCGUCGUCAUACUAUGUAAUGAGAGCACUGAUUUAUCCAUCCAAAACGCGCCCGGAAGAAAUCUAGUCCUCCUACAGGCAAGCUGCUUCAACAACCAGCUUAUCUCCCUCCCCACUUCUUAUUUUUUCUGAAGCGACCGGAGGGAGAAUGCAAAUUUCUAUGCUGCUUUAACCUUUUUGCGAUUGCCUAUGCCCGUUUCCUUUCUUUCCUUGCUUUUUCCUUGGCUGGAUACGACCAGCAGCUGCCGACGUGCCCUCAUCAUCCCCGCAGUGGCCCUUACCACUUCCAACCCUCCCAAUAUACGCUAGGAGCUGAGAAGUCAUCGCCACUGGAAAUAAUGUCGUAUAUCGUGCCGAUUCACCGGGCGAGCAGCAUCCGCCAUGCAUUGAAGCUGCAAUUUAUGAAACCCGAGGAGGAGUGCUUGGUUGUUGCGAAGGCGAACCAACUCGAGUUUUACUCCCUCACUCCCGACGGCCUCACCCUCGUUACAUCAUGCUCUAUAUACGCAAGGGUGACCAUGCUCGCCCGCCUCCCAGCUCCGGUGAAUUCACCCACGGACCAUCUAUUCGUCGGGACAGAUCGAUACAGCUACUUCACACUCUCCUGGGACAGUGGAAGAAACCAAGUACGUACGGAGCGGAAUUAUGUCGAUAUUGCGGAUCCGUCUUCUCGCGAAACACAAACGGGCAGUCGGUGCUUGAUCGAUCCCAGUGGUCGGUUCAUGACGCUGGAGGUCUACGAUGGCAUGAUUGUGGUUGUUCCGAUUAUCCAGCUACCAAGUAAAAAGAGAGGCCGACAGGUUGCUCUGCCCUCUGGGCCUGAUGCGCCCCAGGUGGGGGAGCUGGGGGAGCCGAUAAUCACGCGGAUCGAUGAGCUUUUUGUGCGCUCUUCUGCGUUUUUACAUGUGCAGACUGCUCCACCAAGGUUGGCGCUAUUGUACGAGGAUAACCAGAAAAAGGUCAAGUUGAAGGUUCGGGAGUUGAAGUAUAAUGCGGGGGUAGGAGCGGAGUCGGAAUUUGUACAUUUUGCGGAUUAUACACAGGAGUUGGAUCUUGGGGCUUCUCAUUUGAUCCCUGUUCCUGCUCCAUUAGGUGGCCUUCUUAUCCUGGGCGAAACAUCGCUGCAAUAUGUUGAUGUCGAUAACAACGAGAUUCUCUCGCGGCCUUUGGACGAGGCAACCAUUUUCGUUGCCUGGGAACAGGUCGACAGCCAGAGGUGGCUGCUUGCAGAUGAUUAUGGAAGGCUGUUUUUUCUGAUGCUGGUCUUAGAUGAUUCGCAUACCAAAGUGGAACACUGGAAAUUACAUCAUCUGGGAAACACAUCUCGAGCUUCUGUUCUCGUCUAUCUUGGGGGAGGAAUCGUGUUUGUCGGAUCGCAUCAAGGAAAUUCUCAGAUUCUUCGCAUUGCGGACCGGUCAUUCGAAAUACUGCAAACGUUGUCCAAUAUUGCCCCUAUUCUAGACUUCACCAUAAUGGACCUUGGGAACCGCACAAGCGAAAGCCAGACACAUGAAUUUUCAUCCGGCCAGGCCCGAAUUGUUACUGGCUCCGGCGCCUUUGAUGAUGGUACUCUCAGAAGUGUGCGCAGUGGGGUCGGGAUGGAAGAGCUGGGUGUUCUAGGUGAUAUGGAGCAUAUCACAGACCUUUGGGGCCUGCAAGCCGAGUCAAAGGAUAACUUCCUGGACACCCUUCUGGUCACAUUUGUGGAUGAGACGAGAGUGUUCCGGUUUAGUCCCGAUGGCGAAGUCGAAGAGUUGGAAAGCUUUCUAGGACUCAGUCUUUCGGAGAAUACGCUUCUCGCCGCCAAUUUACCUAACGGGAGAAUUCUACAAGUUACUGAACAAAGAGUUCUUAUUGCGGAUAUCGAGGGUGAAAUGACUGUGUAUGAAUGGACGCCGCCGAAUCAGCUGAUCAUCACGGCGGCUUCUUCCAAUGAUGACAUGAUCGUUCUUGUUAUUGGCGGUGAAUUGGUAACUGUACUGGAUGUUCGGAAUGAAGCUCAGGUGGUGGUGCAGAAAGACUUCGGGGCGGAUAACCAGAUCUCGGGCGUCACAUUACCGUCGUCGCCAACGGAGGUCUGCAUUGUUGGAUUUCCUCAACUAGCCAAAGUUUCUGUGCUGAGACUCAAGGAUUUGCAAGAGAUUAAUACAACCCUACUCGGCCCGGCCGGUGAGGCAUUCCCACGCUCUGUUCUUGUUGCUAAUGUGCUUGUGGAUAGUCCGCCCACGCUCUUCAUUUCAAUGGCGGAUGGUAGCGUUAUCACGUACAAUUACAAUAUUAACGAUCGCUCUCUAACAAGCAUGACCAAACUUAUCCUUGGAUCCGAGCAGCCGAGCUUCAAGAAACUACCGAGAGGUGAUGGACUGUAUAAUGUCUUUGCCACAUGCGAGAAUCCGAGCUUAAUCUAUGGAUCCGACGGCCGCAUUAUCUACUCUGCCGUCAACUCCGAAGGAGCCUCGCGCAUAUGCCAUUUCAACUCAGAGGCAUAUCCCGGAUCGAUCGCAGUCGCCACGGCCCGUGAGUUGAAGAUUGCCUUGGUAGACAAGGAAAGGACGACGCAGAUCCAAACACUCCCGAUCGCCGCUACUGUCCGGCGGGUCGCGUACUCUCCUUCUGAGAAGGCCUUUGGUAUCGGCACAAUAGCACGUAAACUGAAGAACGGAGCAGAAAUUGUCACGAGUCAGUUUGUUCUGGCCGAUGAGAUCUUAUUCCGCCGCCUUGACUCCUAUGACAUGCACAGCGAAGAGAUCGUGGAAAGCGCAAUCCGGGCAGAGUUUCCAGCCGCCAAGGAUGAAAACGGGCGGGACACGCACCCUGCGAAGGACCGGUUCAUUGUCGGUACCGCCGAUCUUGACGAGGACGCGGACACGCCUCGAGGGCGUAUUCUCAUAUUUGAGGUUGAUAAUGGCCGGAAACUUGCCCAAGUCGCCAAUCUAUCUGUCCGAGGAGCAUGUCGGGCCCUCGCAAUGAUGGGUGAUAAAAUUGUCGCCGCACUUGUUAAAACGGUCGUCGUGUACAAAGUGAUACAUACAUUUAGCGGGAUAAAGCUCGAGAAACUCGCCAGUUACAGGACAUCUACCGCACCAGUGGACGUAACGGUAUCCGGCAACACAAUCGCCAUUUCUGAUCUCAUGAAAAGUGUAUGCAUCGUGGAAUAUGAGGAAGGCGAAAAUGGCCUCCCCGAUAAGCUUACGGAAGUGGCCCGCCAUUUCCAAACUGUCUGGGGGACAGGCGUAGCCUCUAUCGCACCGGAUACUUUCCUCGAAAGCGAUGCAGAAGGUAAUCUGAUUAUGCUUCGCCGCAACCGCUCAGGAGUUGAAGAAGAUGAUAAGCGUAGGCUAGAGGUAACGGGUGAGAUUUCGCUAGGCGAAAUGGUCAAUCGUAUCCGGCCCGUUAAUAUCCAGCAACUUCCCGGUGCAACUGUCAUACCUAGAGCUUUCCUUGGAACAGUCGAAGGCUCUAUCUAUCUGUUCGCCAUGAUCAACCCUGAACAUCAAGACUUCUUAAUGCGCUUACAGGCCACAAUGGCCGGGAAAGUCGACUCUCUGGGCGGCAUCUCGUUCAACGAAUUCCGUGGCCUCCGAACCAUGACCCGCGAAGCGAAGGAGCCAUAUCGUUUCGUGGACGGAGAACUUAUUGAGCGGUUCCUUGGUUGUGAUCCGAGCGUGCAGCAGGAAAUUGUCGAUAUGGUCGGUGUGAUGGAUGUUGAAGAAGUCAAGCUUAUGAUAGAAGCUCUGAGGAGAUUACACUAG